CCAGGGGACCCCAAGGUGCCGGUCCUGUAUGAGGUGGAGCGGACCCGUACAGGGAAGAGCUUCUCUGUUCGUUCUGUAAAGGCCAUCCAGCACGGAAAGCCGAUCUUCACCUGCCAGGCCUCCUUCCAGCUCUCCCAGGAGAGCCCAGUGCAGCACCAGUUCACCAUGCCUGCUGUGCCACCCCCUGAGGAGCUACUGACACAAGAGGAGCUCAUCCAGAAGUUCCUGCAGAAUCCUAACUUGGCAGAGAGAUACAGAAAGCAUCUCAACAAGAUUCAAGCCGAAGAUGUGCCGAUUGAUAUCAAACCCGUGAACCCGCCAGAUAUAUUCUGCUCAGAGCCACAGGAACCAAAGCAACUCUUCUGGGUGCGAGCACGAGGCUACAUAGGAGAGACUGACAUGAAGGUGCACUGCUGCGUGGCCGCCUACAUUUCUGACUACGCCUUCCUGGGCACAGCCCUGCUCCCGCACCGGCAGUACCGCAUCAAGUUCAUGGUGUCCCUUGACCAUUCCAUGUGGUUCCACGCGUCCUUCCGAGCGGACCACUGGAUGCUGUACGAGUGCGAGAGCCCCUGGGCUGGCGGGUGUCGGGGACUGGUGCAGGGACGGCUGUGGCGCAGGGACGGGAUCCUGGCUGUCACCUGCGCGCAGGAAGGAGUCAUCAGGGUGGAGCAAACGCCAAACCAGAGCAAGCUCUAGCUGAGGAAGCCGGCAACAGUGGUUCUACCAACCCCC